GUUCUCGCGGGAUGUCAGCUGUGCAGCUGGAGAAGAGGAGCCGGAGCUGUUAGUGGAACAGUGGAACAUGGCUAACGUGGUUCUGGAGUUUAAGGCUGAUGCCGGAGACUCGGAGCCGCCGAACCGACCUGUUCUGGUCGUUGGGCAGCUCAGCAACCUGCAGCAGACCAACUGGACUCAGAUUAAAGCGAAGCUGCAGCCCGCGGUCAGCAAAGAGAUAUGGCAGUCUGCUCUGUGCGCUCUGAACCCGAAUCCCACCGACAGCUGCCCGCUGUAUCUCAGCUACGCCACUGUGGCAGCUCUGCCCUCUCGGGUCAGCCGUCACAACUGCCCCGCCUCUGCCCACUUCCUCACCCGCCUGGUCCGCACCUGCCUGCCUCCAGGCAGCAACCGUUGCAUCCUGAUGGUAUGUGAGCGGUCCGACGUGUUUGCGUCGGCGUGCGCCAUCGCCCGUGCUUUCCCACUCUUCACCCGCCGCUCAACCUCCUCACGCAGGACGGAGAAGAAGCACGUCACUGUGGAGUUCGUCACCGUUGGACAGGACAACGGCCCUCUGGAGCUCUCCACGCUGGAGUGUCUUUCCAACACGGCUGAUGGAGUUCGGUUAGCAGCCCGGAUUGUGGACACUCCUUGCAGUGAGAUGAACACUGACCAUUUCCUUGAGGAGAUCAGAGCAGUGGGGAAUGAACUGGGCAUCACACCAACUAUAAUUCGAGGAGAGGAACUGAAACACAGGGGCUUUGGAGGUAUUUAUGGUGUGGGUAAAGCAGCUGAACACCCUCCUGCUCUCGCUGUACUUAGCCACACCCCCUCUAGUGCCACUCAGACUAUUGCCUGGGUGGGCAAAGGCAUCGUUUAUGACACGGGUGGUCUCAGCAUCAAGGGCAAAACCACAAUGCCCGGCAUGAAGAGAGACUGCGGAGGAGCAGCUGCCAUUCUGGGAGCGUUUAAAGCGACUGUCAAACUGGGGUUCAAAGAUAACCUCCACGCUGUGUUCUGCCUGGCUGAGAACGCAGUGGGACCUACAGCCACUCGGCCGGACGACAUCCACACCCUGUACUCUGGAAAGACAGUGGAGAUCAACAACACCGACGCAGAGGGGAGGCUGGUGCUGUCUGACGGAGUUGUUUAUGCCAGUAAGGAUCUGUCUGCUGAUAUUAUUCUGGAUAUGGCCACUCUGACCGGAGCUCAGGGAAUCUCCACAGGGAAGUACCACGCAGCCAUCAUGACGAACAGUGAGGAGUGGGAGGCAGCAUGUGUGAAAGCUGGUCGCAGCAGCGGAGAUCUGGCCCAUCCUCUGGUCUACUGCCCCGAACUCCACUUCAGCGAGUUCACCUCCGCCGUCGCCGACAUGAAGAACUCUGUAGCGGAUCGUGAAAACGCUCAGAGCUCCUGUGCUGGACUGUUCAUUGGCUCUCACCUGGGAUUCGACUGGCCUGGUGUGUGGGUGCACGUGGACAUCGCCUCACCUGUACACGCUGGCGAGCGGGCAACAGGUUUCGGGGUGGCUCUGCUGUUGGCGCUGUUUGGUCAGGCGUCUGAAGACCCUGUGCUGAACACGGUGUCUCCGCUGGGCGUCGCUGCUGCCAACGCUUCAUGUGGGGAUCAAAUGGAGAGAGACAGCAAGAGGAGAAGACUGGUCUGAUGAUCAUCUCCGUCUGCCCCACAGUUCCUGUGUUUAGAAGCCAGUAAAAUCAGUUAUCACAAACUCUUUCUGACCCCACUGUCCCCCCGCCCCACUGACACACACAUUCAUACACACACUCGCACUCACAUUCAUA